UCGCGUGGGCCGUUCCAGGCCCAAAAAUAUAAUUGCAUCAUAAAUCCCUCCUUUUUCCAGUUGAUCACCGUUCCAAGAAAAUGAAAUUCACUGUUCGCUGUUCAAUCGUUCUUCUGCGUUACAUGUCCGAACAAUCCAAACCCAAAACAAGAACGCUUUGAUUUGGUUUGAGAAUCGGAAAUUCAAUCUCUGAAAUGGGCUUCAGAUUCCACAAUUUCAAUCCCAUUUACAAAACCCUCAUCUCAAAAACCCUUUCUUCUGCUCUCAGCGAUUCUCAUCUCGAUCGUUCAAUUCGAGCUAUCCGUUUUCAGUUGCAUGGCCCUUCUUUGAUAUUCUCCGACAGUCCCAACUCCAAGGUCUACAGAAGGUGGCACGUGGGCCACGCUCACCGUGACCACCCCCAGGGCCACCACCAGCGUACUGGUACGGAGGGCGAGAAAAUUUUCCGGCUGGGCCUCGCCGCCGACCUCAGUUUGGCUGCCGGAAAGGCCUUGACUGGUUAUCUAACAGGGAGCACCGCUAUUAUUGCUGAUGCAGCCCACUCGGUGUCCGAUGUGGUUCUUAGUGGCAUUGCUUUAUUGUCAUUUAAAGUUGCAAGGGCUCCUAGGGACAAAGAGCACCCAUAUGGACAUGGUAAAUUUGAGACUCUAGGUGCCCUCGGUAUAUCUGGUAUGCUUCUGGUGACAGCUGGGGGAAUUGCAUGGCAUGCUUUAGAUCUUUUACUGGGAUUGUUGUCAGCUGCUCCUGAAACAGUUAAUCAGUCAUUAACACUCGGGCAUGUGCUUAGCCAUCAUCACCAUGAACAUCACCAUGGAAUUUCUAUGGAUCACCCUAUCCUAGCUUUAAAUAUGACAAUUGUAUCUAUAGCUGUUAAAGAAGGGCUUUACCGGGUAACAAAAAGGGCAGGGGAAAGGGUGGGCAGUGGACUGAUGAAAGCAAAUGCAUGGCAUCAUCGUGCGGAUGCCGUCUCUUCCAUAGUUGCUCUUAUUGGGGUUGGAGGCUCUAUUCUUGGUGUAAAGUUUCUUGAUCCUCUUGCUGGACUUCUUGUUUCGGGCAUGAUACUAAAAGCUGGACUUGAAACUGGGUACCAGAGUGUCUUGGAACUGGUGGAUGCUGCAGUCCCUUCACAACAUUUGGAAUGUGUUAAACUAACAAUACUCCAAGUUGAGGGUGUCAAGGGAUGCCAUCGCCUGAGGGGGAGGAGGGCGGGUUCAUCUCUUUAUCUUGAUGUACAUAUUGAGGUUGAUCCUUUUUCUAGUGUCAGUGCUGCACAUGAUGUUGGUGAGAAUGUUCGUCAUCACAUUCAUGCAUCCCAUCCUGACGUAGCUGAAGUCUUCAUACAUAUAGAUCCUUCAAUUUCACAGCUUUCACCUGGUUCAAAGGACAAACAAGAAAAUUUUAAGGAGGCUGACAAUCAAGAUCAGAACAUCUGCUCAGAGCAUAAAAAUAUUGAAGGCAUUGUUUCCAAUAUUUUCUCAGCAAAAUUUUCAGAGAAAAUGGUCGUUGAGCACAUGACACGGCACUUGUUGCAAGGCAAGAUUUUACUCCAAAUUGAGGUCUCCAUGCCUCGGGACGUUCCGAUUUGUGAUGGAAUGAAGCUGGCAGACGAAGCAAAAGAGGAGAUUUUGAAGGCUACUUCUAAUAUCCAUCAAGUUAGCAUUCUGCUACAUUUGGGGCAUAGCAAUUUAAGCAAAUAUGCAAACUCAAGGGAAAGCUUGAAUACAAGUGGUGCAUCGUCUGGUUAGAGAUAACCGGGAAAGCUUGAAUACAAGUGGUUAGAGAUGGGUUAUCUCUUUUGUUAAGAACUGGCGGUCGAUCUCAUGUUAUAUUCACAAUGAGCUGCCCUUAAUCUUCAUAUAGGGCUACAAGGCGUGUGGAAUGAUGGAAGAAUUUUGGCAUCUGGCUUUCCGCUUUUGAUUCUUCCUACUUUAAUGGAAUGGUGAGUGAAGAAUAUUCAGUUGUGGAGGAAAAGAACUCGCAAGACUAAUCAAAUUUCCCAAUUCAAACACAAGUAUUGAUUCAUAUUUCUGCAUUUCUUUCAACGCAAACAACCUCAAAGCUGAUGUAAAAUUGACACUGAAAAAAAAAAUGGGACUAUGCAGAGAUAUUGAAGGAACACUUCUCACGUUUAUAUUUUUUUGACCAUGAAAUCCAAUGUACCUGAUGUUAUCAAAACUACAUUUCUUUAAUUAACUUAGUUCUUCUUGUA